AUGUCCCAGCAACCGCAGUAUUACACAACGCAACAACAGCCUCCUCAGCAGCAGCAACAACAGGCACCUCCUCCUUCUAUGGGAGCAAUGAAUCAAGAUCUCGAUUUGCUACGCAAUCUUAUGGUAAAUUAUAUUCCAACUACUGUUGAUGAGGUGCAACUCCGGCAGUUGUUUGAGCGCUUCGGCCCAAUUGAGUCGGUUAAAAUUGUGUGUGAUCGGGAGACUCGUCAAAGUCGCGGUUAUGGUUUCGUGAAGUUUCAGAGCGCCUCGAGUGCUCAACAGGCGAUUGCAUCAUUGAAUGGUUUUGUAAUCCUCAACAAACGACUGAAGGUAGCGCUGGCUGCUAGCGGUCAUCAACGUGGGCGUAACAUGAACAAUGGUUUCAAUGCGUAUGGCGGUUAUGGCGGGUAUGGUGGCUAUGGUGCUUAUCCUCCCGUUGCUAAUCCAUAUGCACAACAACAAAUGAUGGCAAUGCAACAACAUUAUAUGAUGGCCGCUUCCCCGAUGCCUCCGAUAUCCCGUCAGUAA